ACUAACCAGUAGUACACGUCCGAUAAGAAAAGACUGUUUCAGUAAAAAGAUGAGGUGCAAAUAAAACCAAGUCGUAUACUUAUUUUCUACCGAUAGCAUAAACUUUAACGUUGACAGUCAUGCAUUUUAAAUGAAACACAAAAUGACACCGUAAGCAUUAAACAUUACUCGACAUGGUUUCAGUAAACUUACCAGACUCUGAGGCAAUGUGAAGAAACAAUGUGAGGACCAAACAGUGAGUAUUAAUAAAUUAACAAAAGGAAAAUGUGAUCUCUUAGCCCCAGAGUGGUAACACUGAGGAGGCCUGACAGACUGCUUCUCCGUCAGCAGAUGGGAGGCAUCUGUAAUUCAGUCUGGAGGCUGCUGCAUGCUGCUUCAUUUCCUUUCCUAUCACCACAACUUUCCCAGAGUCCAUCUUCAUGUCACAUGAGAAGCAGCAAGGAGCAGAUGGUACAGAGUCAUGUGAUGUUGCCAGCCGGGAUUGAAUCUGUGAGGUUGCGUCUGAUGUGAGUGCUAAGGCGAAUUGCUAUCUCUCUGGAAACGAUUAAUCCCAUUUUGCUGCUCAAGAAAACAUCGAAGCCAGAAUGUCUUAUGGAUCCAUUGAUGCGGGUUCUUUUGGAAGCAGAAAUCCUUUCGGUGGGCCCACAAGGCAGGGCUACCAGCCAGUAGCAACACAGGUUAGCCCAUCAGAGCUGCAAGAUGUGUUCCAGGAAACCUCCUCUAAUAUCUUUCAGAUCAAUGCUAAUGUUGUAACCCUAGAGAAGUCCCUUCAGUCAUUGGGAACAUCAAGAGACACAGCAGAGCUACGACAGAGUUUACAUUCAACACAACAACAAACCAAUAAAGUCAUCACAAGCACAAGUCAACUUGUUAAACAACUUAGUGACAUCAUCAGCGGAUCUUCACGGCAAGACAGGCUUCGUCUGACGAGACUCAAAAACGAGCUGUCAGAUUCUGUGCAGCGAUAUGGAGACCUGCAGAAGAAAAUUGCAGAUCGUUCAAGGGCCUUGCUUCCUGCAGCACAAAAGGACAGGAAGCAGAGUGUAAAGACACCUUUCAGUGAACUGGUUGAUGGGGGGCCGUUGUUCGAGGCGGAGGAAAAUGUGGAGAGUGAUGGCCAAGCUUUCCUGUCAGAGAUCAGCGAGGAAGAUGUGGAGAUCCUGAGGCAAAGAGAAGAAGCAAUACUUCAGAUUGAGAGAGACAUGCUGGACGUUAAUCAGAUUAUGAAGGACUUGGCCAGCAUGGUGCAUGAACAAGGAGACACCAUAGACAGUAUUGAAGAUUACAUUCAGACAACCUCAUCGCAUGUGGAAACGGCCAAUCAGGAGCUUGCAAAAGCCAGUCAUCAUCAGAGGCAGCUGAGGAAGAGGAAAUGCUAUCUGUUAAUCGGUGGAGCGCUGCUUCUAACUCUGCUUAUCAUCAUUAUUGCAGUCUCAACCAGAAAAUGAGAGCAAGUGCCCAGAGAUCUGUGUUCCCAUCCGCUUGAUCUCUCCGGCUUUCCACAGUAAAGCGAGUCCACACUAAGAGGUUUCCACCUGCACUCUUCCUAUCCUCUUCUUAUUUCUGUCUAUAGUUCUGUUAGACUGUGUGUGCUUUGUCUCUGUACGCAUGUAUGGAAAUGUGUGUGUGUGAAUGUUUGUUAAAAAGAGUCUAUUUUUAAUCUGUUCGUUGUACUGUAAUGUGCAAUUAAUUGCUCUUUACCUCUUCAAAGUGGACUCGAAAUCAAAGAACAAAAUCCAAAUAGACUUGAUGUUGCCGUGGGCUUUUAUGUCAACAUUAAAAUAUGUUUUCCUUCCUUUUCGCCAGUUUGCAUAUUAGCUCACGUCGAUCUUUUGAAACUUGUUCGCACUGUGCUCCAAAUAAUUAUUUUUCUAGAGCGCAAAUAAUCUGUGAGAGAAAAAUAAUCUUGACAUAUUUGUUUCUGGAGAUUGUCAUGAAACGUAAUUGGUCUAUUUUUCUCUUUUAAUAUUAGGCUAUGACCUGCUGUAUAGGUUUAGCGAAAGUAAGUAUAAUCCUAUAUAUCGAAUGCAGCAGGAUGCUCAAUACUGUUACAGAAUAAGAGAAUUAUGUGUAUUUGCAUAACCAUAAAACUAUAAAUAUAAGGCUUAUAAUAAAAUGAGCUGCAUUUUAAAGAUUCAAUAUCGUCUUGUAUUGAUCACACAGCUCUAAUUAUCCUUCUUAUAGUUUAAGUUGAAUUUUUAUUGUUUCUUCGCUGGCUUUGAUUAAACAAUAUGUAAAAAUCAAUGUCUCCAUU